AGAGAUUUAAUUGUUCCUUAGACAAAUAUGAAAUAAAACUCAAACGGAAACCAAUGUACAGUCUGUGGUCUGGAUAAGUGUUUUGGUCUCUAAGUAGAAUCGGUUGCUCCGAAUUCCAAAGUGACGCACCUCCAGCGAGCCAGGAAGGAGUAGGAAUUGGAGGCGAACGCCCAAUCACAUGGACACAGUGGCCGCCGUUGACCAAUCGGGAUGGGAGAGUGGCAGGUGCUGCUGUGGUUUAUCAGCGCAUCUCCCGCGCCCUAGCGAUCGAAUCGAGUCAAUUUCACCUUAAACCCGGGAAAGCGUGCAGGCAAGAGAACAGAGCUUUGAGCAGCCAGACUUCUUGGACAUUUCUCUGGAUACACUCUCCUGGAAAAAUAAUAACAACACUUGCCGUUAGGGGCACACUUAUCUCCAACCCAGAUUUUAAAAAAUAAUCAAGAGCAAACACGACCCAAGAUCUCGCAGCAUUUACUGGUGGGUCCUGUCAAAUUUAUGAUCUGAUCAAAUGUUAGCCGUCGGGCAGAUGGAUAAUCGCCAGAGUGCAUUCGUCCUGAGCAGUACGCCGCUGGCUGCGCUUCAUAAUAUGACUGAAAUGAAGACAUCUAUAUUUCCCUACUCUUUGCAGAAUCCCUCGAGCUUCAAAGCCCCGGCUCUGGCGAGUUUGAACGCACAGAUCCCACUGGGAACGCCGCACGGAAUUAGCGACAUUCUAGGCCGCCCAUCCACAACUGGCAAUCUGCUCUCCGGACUUCCUCGACUGAGCGGACUUGCCACUACGGCGGGGAUGUAUUUUAGUCCAACAGCAGCUGCCGUCUCGAGGUACCCCAAGCCCCUUGCUGAAUUGCCGGGGAGACCACCAAUCUUCUGGCCGGGAAUGAUGCAGGGGUCCCCAUGGAGAGAUCCCAGGUUGGCCUGUCCAACGCAAGGUAGUUUAGUUCUGGACAAGGACGGAAAGAAGAAACAUUCCAGGCCAACAUUUUCAGGUCAACAAAUUUUUGCCUUGGAGAAGACCUUUGAACAAACGAAAUAUUUAGCCGGACCAGAAAGAGCCAGAUUAGCUUAUUCUCUAGGAAUGACAGAAAGCCAAGUUAAGGUGUGGUUUCAGAACAGACGGACCAAAUGGAGGAAGAAGCACGCUGCCGAAAUGGCUACGGCCAAGAAGAAGCACGACUCAGAGACUGAAAAACUUAAAGAAACGUCGGAAAACGAAGAGGACGAGGAUGAGUACAAUAGACCUCUGGAUCCCAACUCAGACGACGAGAAAAUCACACGAUUACUGAAAAAGCACAAAACCGCCAGUACCCUUACCAUCCUGGACCCACACAACAACAGCCCAGAAAUUUUGUGACAAACUUCAACACAAAAAAAGGCGAAAUAAUUAUUUGAAGAACUUCAAAGGCUGAA